CACAAUCUCGAGAGCUUGCUUGCUUUGCCUUAUAUAGUUGACCACCUCAGCCCAAACGAGCUUCUGCCGCUUGAAUCACUCCUCUUUCCUUCCACCAUCGAAGCGGACUGCGCGAAUUGCCACGUUCCUCUACUCCGUACCCAGCCCCCACCCCACGAUCCAGGACCCGGGAUCGGUGCCUGUAGGUCGAACUUAGCUUCAAGUCGAGCCACGCAUUUUCAUCACCGACCGGAAACCGAGUUCCAAUCCGAAUCAAUAGCAUACGAGCAGCGGAUAAGGGAAGGAAGAGAGCACGAAUCCGUCUUUGUGUUUGCGGGAUAGAUAUUGAGGGGGCAAGAUGCAGAUUAAGGUUCGCACGCUCACGGGCAAGGAGAUUGAGUUGGACAUCGAGCCGGACUACAAGGUCUCGCGGAUAAAAGAGCGCGUCGAGGAGAAGGAAGGCAUCCCCCCCGCGCAGCAGCGCCUCAUCUUUGGCGGGAAACAGAUGAGUGACGACAAGACUGCCGCGGAGUACAAUCUGGAGGGCGGUGCGACGCUGCAUCUGGUGCUUGCGCUGCGUGGUGGAUUUUAACCCCGCGUCAAUCUGGAGACGGAGAUGGCGAUACGGCUGGAUUUGGAGGAUAAACGAUGUGGCGGAG